AUAACCUCAAAAGGAUCGUUCUUGAUUAUUAUUUAUUUCACACAUAAUUAUUGGUUACAAAUUAAAAAAAAUCAAAUUAAAGAUUAAACAAAAGAUUUAUAAUUAAAAAAAUCUUUUAGUUUUAUCUAAUUUUAUUCACCUAGAGUACUACACGAUACUUCCAGAUUAAAUAAAUUCCGGCCGAUUAUAAUGCGAAAUACGUUCUCGUUUAAAUUGUUCGCGUACAGAAUUCACCUGAUUUCACCGAUUCUUAUACCAUAUCGCAGUAAGCAUAUUCAAUCGAGACGCGUACUAAAGAUGAACGAGGCAUUUCUUCGCUAUGAGAAGGGCAAUGACACAUUUGACAUCUCUUUUCGCUAUGUGGACGAGAUGGCGAAGAUAGAUCGUCAGUUCAACUUUUCCAGACAAAUUGCGGAAAGUGUGAACAAUUUCCUCAAAAGGAUUGAUACAAACGUUUGCAAGAUUGUAAAAAGAAAGCUAGAUAGAAAAAGAAAGAACAAUGCUAGUUUGGAGACAUCUGAUAUGACAACCGAUAAUGUGAAUGCUGGAAAAAUCAUGCUUCUCAAGAAUGACGUUAAGGUGGAUGGCAAUACAGUGUGUGAAAGCCUUUUACAGGAUUCUGCAGAGCUAAAGCUGAUUAUUUUUGAGAAAUCCUUCUUAGUAAAGCGAAAUGCACCUUAUAUUACAAAAAUUUCAUUACCAACAAGCAUAUUGGCAGAUUUUCCAACAUAUCCAUCCAAGUUUGAGGCAUUAUACACUGUCAAAAAGCAAUCGACAUUCAGUUGGUACAGAAACGAUCUUGUUAAUAAUAAACCAAACUCGUGGACGUAUGUGUGCAAUGGGUAUCUAUAUGUACCCAGUGUAGGAGACAUUGGCUGUAAUUUGAAGAUUAGUUGUGAACCGCGAAACGAGUCGGACACUGGCCCUAAGAUGGAAGUAGAAUCAAAGAAUGUCGUGGAGGCUGGUCCUGGACAAUGUCCAUUUGACAUGCGGCAUCAAUUUACGAAACAUAAGUUAUCAGGCAAAAGUUUCAGGAUAAUAUGUUAUAAUAUACUGGCAGAUACCUAUGCUGAUUCUGACUUUUCUAAAGAUGUAUUGUUUCCGUAUUGUCCACAAUAUGCAUUAAAUAUAGACUAUAGAAAGCAAUUAAUUCUUAAAGAAAUAAUAGGUUUUAAUGGUGAUAUAAUUUGCUUACAAGAAGUAGAUAAAAAUGUAUACGAAUGUGAUCUGUUGCCUUCUCUGUAUAUGCUGAAUUACGAUGGCGUGUAUGUUACGAAGAACGACAUGAGUGAAGGACUCGCCACAUUUUUCAAUCAGGACCGAUUUGAAAAAUUAGGAUUUCAAUCCAGUAUAAUGGCACAAAAUGUUGAUUUUCCUAAAUUUGCUGCCAUUUGGUCUAAAAUUGAUAAUGAUAAGUCGAAGGAAAGAUUUUUAGGUAGAAAUACAACCAUUCAGGUGACAGCGUUACGAUCGAAAGAAAACCAAUCUGAGAUCUUGGUUAUCGGCAACACACAUUUAUAUUUUAAACCUGAUGCAGAUCAUAUAAGAUUGUUGCAAGGAUAUUAUGCAGUGACAUAUGUACAUGAAAUCGCGAAAAGAACUCAAGAAGAGAAUCCUGAAUGUAAUGUGAACGUGAUACUUUGCGGGGAUUUCAAUAGUGUGCCGGAAUGCGGUAUUUAUAAAUUGAUGACUGAAAAUUAUGUUCCAGAAACGUGCGAAGAUUGGAAAAGUAAUGUUGAAGAAGCUAUAGAAAAUGUAUCUUUAACGCAAGAUCUUCGCCUGUCCAGCGCCUGCGGCACACCAGAAUAUACAAACUACACUCCGGAGUUCUCUGCCUGUUUAGACUACAUAUUUUACGAGAGAGAUAAAUUGGAGGUGGAACAAGUGGUUCCAAUGCCGAGCAAAGAGGACCUUACCCUUAACACAGGUUUGCCAUCUGUGGUAUUUCCUAGCGAUCAUAUAUCUUUGUGCGCUGAUUUGAAAUUGAAAGGAUAAUAAAUAGUAGAAAUUACGAAAUAGCGCUAAUAUCUUGUAUAUUAUUAAAUAUAUGAUUAAAUUUGUUUACACUUAUAUGUGAGGUUAUACAUAUAA